UGCGAAAUUCCAAAAAGAGCUCACAAAUUAUCAUCCGAAGGCAGCAGAGAGAAGAAUCCCUUUUCCCCCAAUUUUCUCUCUCCAAAAGCAACAACCAAUCUCAGACCCCACAAUUCUCUCCCUUUAAACCCCAAUUUCUCAGGACCCAAACCCCCCAAUUUCUCAGCAAUGCCUGCUUCCUCCUCAGAGACGAGGAAUAGGUGGAGGAGGCGGAAGCGGGAGCCUUUAAUUUCAAGGAAGGCCAAGGCCCAACAAGAUGAUGACGUGUUUGAAGAAGAAGAAGACGAGGAAGAUAUUGACCAGCAGGAAAUUGAAGAUGACGACCAUCGAAACCCUAGCAAUUCAGUGGAUCGGAGUAAUUACUCAGUUGAAAUGGUAUCAGAAGCUGGGGACCGAAUUAGCGAGUUCCCUUUAGUAGUUAGACGUACUGUUACUCGGCCUCAUUCGUCCGUCCUGAAUAUUGUAGCGACUGAGAAGGCUGGGCAGUGUGGGGAGAGUAGGCAGAAUGGGGUGGUGUUGGAGAAUAUGUCGUAUGGGCAGCUUCAGGCGCUUUCAGCUGUGCCUGCAGAUAGUCCGGCUUUGUUGACUGAGGAAAGAGGAGAAGGCAGUGGGGGUGGUUCGUAUGUGAUCAGUCCUCCGCAGAUAUUGCAGGGUCGUGGUGUGGUUAAGCAUUAUGGCAGUGCAAGUCGAAUUCAUGUUGUGCCAAUGCACGCAGAUUGGUUUUCACCUAAUACAGUGCACAGAUUGGAAAGACAAGUGGUGCCGCAUUUUUUCUCUGGAAAGUCAGCUGAACAUACACCAGAAAAAUACAUGGAAUGCAGAAAUUGUAUAGUUGCAAAGUAUAUGGAGUUGCCUGAAAAGCACUUGUCAGUUGCUGAUUGCCAUGGGGUUGUAGCUGGUGUUAGUGCUGAUGAUGUAACUCGAAUUGCAAGGUUUCUUGAUCAUUGGGGGAUCAUCAACUACUGUGCUGUUCCUCCUAAAGGUGAGGCCCUAAAAGAUGUCACAUUGUACGAGGACUCAAACAGUGAUCUCUGUGUUCCAGUGGCUGGUUUGAAGUCUAUCGACAGCUUAGUUCAGUUUGACAAGCCUAAAUGUUGUCUCAAGGCGAGAGAUGUUUAUCCUGAACUUGUGCGUGAUUUUGAUGAUGACUCCGACUUUGACAACUCAAUCCGUGAACUGUUGUCUGAACUACGAUGCAAUUGUUGUUCUCGCCCUGUUUCACUGUCGUACUAUCAGUCACAGAAAGAGAUUGAUAUUCUAUUGUGUUUGGAUUGCUUCCACGAGGGUGGAUUUGUCACUGGUCACUCUAGCUUGGAUUUCGUCAAAGUAAGCUCUAUGAAAGAUUAUGGAGAUCUAGAUGGAGAUACUUGGACUGACCAGGAAACACUAUUGCUUCUCGAGGGAAUGCAACUCUACAAUGAAAACUGGAAUCAAAUUGCAGAACAUGUUGGCACCAAGUCAAAGGCACAGUGCAUCCUUCAUUUUGUCCGCCUGCCUGUGGAUGGUGCCCCAUUGGAAAAUAUUGAACUUCCAGGUGCAUCUGGUCCCUCAAGUUCUUUUGCGGGUGAAGAUCAUAACAAAUCUUAUUCAAAUUUGAACGGGAAUCUUGCAGGACCAAGCACUGAAAACCUUGAUUCUGAUAGCAAAUUUCCUUUUGAAAACUGUGGCAAUCCAGUAAUGUCCCUGGUUGCUUUUUUGGCAUCUGCCGUGGGACCGAGAGUUGCUGCAGCAUGUGCCCAUGCUUCCUUGGCAGCAUUGUCCAAGGAUGAUACUUUAACAUCACGGAAUAUGACUCAGAUAGAUGGAUCUACAGCUAAUAACGGGAUCAGUGUAGGAAGAAUUCAUGGAAAGGAUGGAAGUCCUCAUGGAGAUGUUGGAAAUUCUUAUCAGCUAAAAGAUGAAAAGCCGGGAGGACAAGGUCCAUGGGGUCAACACGAUGCUGGAGGUGCUCCAGUGUCCACUGAAAGAGUAAGAGCUGCUGCUAAAGUCGGUCUUGCAGCUGCAGCUAUAAAGGCAAAGCUUUUUGCUGACCAUGAAGAACGUGAGAUUCAACGGUUAUCUGCAAACAUAGUCAACCAUCAGUUAAAGAGGUUAGAGCUGAAGCUGAAGCAGUUUGCAGAGGUGGAGACCUUGUUAAUGAAAGAAUGUGAACAACUGGAGAGAACAAGGCACCGCUUUGCUGCAGAACGUGCUCGAAUGAUGACAGUUCAACCUGGUUCAGUUCGAGUAUCCCGACCAAUGGGUGUGUCUGGUGCUGGUGCGCCGGUGGUCAGUAACAUAGGAAAUAGUAGGCAACAAGUUGUUUCAGGUCCUCUACAACAAAGUUUUAUUUCUGGAUAUGGAAACAACCAACCAAUGCAUCCCAACAUGUCAUUUAUGCCGCAACAAGGGAUGUAUGGAUUUGGCCCUCGGCUGCCUCUCUCAGCGAUACACCCGUCCUCUUCAACACCCGGUAUGUUUAAUGCUCCAGCAAGUUCCCAGCCUGCUCUCAGUCAUUCAAUGCUUAGACCUGUAUCUGGGACAAAAUCUGGUUUGGGUUGAGUGAAGAGUGGUUAAGCUUGGGAUUUGCUUCAAUUUAUUUAUCUGUGGUUCUCUUCAUUUCCUCAAUUAUUGGGGCGAGAGAACAAAUGAAUUACAGCUGCAGUGCUCUGUCAGACGGAUUGAGACAAUAUUGAAGCCAAUCGACUGAAGAUGCAGCUCGGACUGACAGUGCACUGGCCUGAUUAUCCAAGCAGGAGUGCUCACAUUUGUUGCUGCUUUAUGCAGCUAAACUUAAUCCUAGAAACAACUUGUACUAUAUUUCGGUAUCUACUGUGAAAUAACACUCUUUUGGUAACAAAAGUAUGAGACUAGGGAUCUAGAAACGUAGUUUUGUGCAGUAGAGGUAAUGAAGAUGGAGAAAAAGGGGGAAUGGUGUCUUUAGGUACAUGCCUUUUCUUGAUGAAAGAAGUUGUGUAACAAAAUUGUUGUGUCAAUUCCUAGAUUUGUAGUCCCUUUGUAAUCCAAUUUCCCGAGUAAUUUAACUAAGCCUUGUGGUUGAAUUGCACCCGA